UUAUUUUAUACGCCAUGACAACCAAAUAACAUUCCCCGCGGUGUCGAAUUGUUUAUCAAUGUUACUUCCGGUUAAAGCACUUGUUUCGAUUUGUUCAGUUUACUGAAUGUUCUGGAUAUCUCGUGUUUGAAUAAUAAUCUGUAUUUGUAGCAGGUAUUGAUGAUUUCAAAGGUUUGUGAUAUUUUACAAAAUUGUUCUACAAUACUUCUGGUCUGAGAGUCACAGGAGUCGACAAUUUUAUUGGUAAUCAGUAAGUCCAGAAAAAUCUACGUCUAUGAAAUUGCCGACUCCUGUGUUCCAAUUUGUUAGGUUUACUGAAUGCUCUGGAUUUUACUUCAAUUUCUGAAAUUGAUGAUGGAUAGUAGGUCGAUUUCACUCCAUCAAAUUCAAAAGAUCAUUUGAAACUACAGUAAAAAAAAAUAACAAUGGUGAAGUUACACAUCAAAAAGGGAGAUGAGAGCCAGUUUCUAUAUGACACCACAGUAGAACAACCUAUCGAUGAUCUGUUGAAUGAUGUCUGUGCCAUCCACAAUGGACGACUCAAAGUGCAGAGAAUUUGUGCAGAAAUGGAUGAGCUGGCUAAUCAUGGAAUCACCCUGCCACCUAACAUGCAAGGUCUCACUGAUGAGCAAGUGGAGGAGUUGAAACUGAAAGAUGAAUGGGCAGAGAAAUGUGCUCCGCAGGGUGGUGUAAAAGAAAACAAAGAUCCCAUUGGUCGACGCAAUGGCCAAGCACCAAAUGAAAAAAUGGCUGAAAUGAUGAAGAAAACAGCAAAUGAAGCAAAAGAUAUGAUUUCAAAGAAAAAGGUAGCAGCCAAUGUUUGUGUGACACAAGCCACGGUGAAGGAGGCUCUGGACAUCUUACGUGGUGCUGUCAUGAUUGUCUACCCCAUGAACUUGCCCCCACAUGAAAAUGUCCGACUGGAACUAGAAAACAAUGAAGAUUUAACUGGUACUCAGGCUUCCAAUGAAGUUCUAGAUGAAGGGAAUGCAUCUAUAUGGUUUUCAGGAAAAGAAAUGAUCAGAGGGAAACAGCUGAAAGACUUCAUCGGGAAAAAUGAGAAGACAAAAAUAGUUGCUAAGAUUCAAAAGAGAGGACUUGGUGCCCCAGGAAGAGAACCUGUUGUCACGGAGGACGAACAGAAAAAGAUGAUGGCUUUCUACUACAAGAAACAGGAGGAGUUUACGAAACUGGAGGCAGAAUCAGAGGAUGCAUACUUAGAUUCACAGUGGGCGGACUCAAACCAGCUGAAACGUCAGUUUCACGGAAUGAACAACAUCAAGUGGGGGCCUCGGUAACACAACCCACUGCAUAGAGACAACAUGAUAAAAAUAAUCGUAUUUAAUAUAAAGACAAAACAACGCAUCUGCUCCAUAUGAGGAAUUCUGGGUUGACAUCCAUAAAACAUCCGAAAUGGGCGGUAAUUUACUCCGUUCCACUUCUACGAUGCACUGAAUGAUGCACAACCGUAUUUGAUAUUUUUCCCAGUAUUUAUUUUUUUUUAAGUUGUGAAUGAUGUUUCAUAUGUUGAUGAGGUUUAUUUGUCGAUGGAAUGAGUGAAGUAUCAUACUAUAGUAUAUGUCAGUGUGGUAUUGAUACAUGCCUGAAUAUUAGAAUUGUUUCAUGUUCAUUCAAGCUGAUACAAUUUCAUGGAUUAUUCACAUACAUUUUCAAGAUCUGAGUAUUUAAUGGUAAAUGUGGAUUGAAAAUAAAAUAUAUUUUACACUCAA